AUGGACGGCAACGGCGUAGCCCUCCCCAGCGACCUCCUCCUCGAAAUCCUCAGGCGCCUCCCCGGCCACGCCCUCGCCGUGUCCCACUGUGUCUGCCGCGCGUGGCGCGACCUCGUCGGCGCCCACGCCCACACCCUCCUCCUCCCGCAGGUCUUCCCGCGCGAGUUCCCCGGCGUCUUCGCCACCUACGACGGCUACGACCCCGACUUCGCCUUCUUCGGCCCGCCGCCAUCGCCGUCGGCCGACGCCCACGUGCCCGGCUACCGGCGUCUCUUCUGGGACCAUUGGGAUUGCAUCGUAAAGCAGCACUCCAACGGCUUGCUCCUCGUCACGGGGAAGCGCUCGUUCAAUCCUAAUAUGAUAUACGUGUGCAACCCAGCCACGUCGCAGUAUGCCCGCUUGCCGUGUCCGCCGACACGCUGGCCGUGUAGCGUCGAGGGCGUGUUUCUCGCCUUUGACCCGGCCGUGUCGCGGCACUACGAGGUGUUCUUCUUACCCACGGAAAAGCUAGAUCGCAACGAUGAGCAAGAUGAGUGGACACGCCGACCGUGCCCGUGCUGGAUCGAUUGGGAGGACACGUGGCUACCCAACUUGUUUGGACAAGACGAACCAUUCUCUGAAUCUAAGGAAGAGCCCAACCAAAAGGUGCCCAAGGAGAAUGUAUUCCACGUGUUGGUGUUCUCUUCACGGACAGGCCAGUGGGAGAGCCGCAAGUUCACGCCAGGGCGCCGCGCCUCGGGAAACCUGUACGAUGUGGUGACCACGCCGCUCUAUAAGGAUCUGCGCACGUGGUGGUCGGCCGAGUACUGGCAUGGCUCACUCUACGUGCACUGCCAUAGUGGUGUCCUCGUGAUCCUGCGUUGCUCGGAGGGGACAUGCCAGAUGGUUCAGCUUCCAGGGCAUCCUUAUGGCCGCAAGAGAUUGCGUCAAUGA